AUGUCGUACUACGGGAACGGCCAGAACUACUACAACCCAAACAUACCGCACUCGAGUGGUGGAGGCGGGCCCGCCCAAUAUCAACACCGCCGCUCCAUAUCCAGUGCCGACCAAAUCAGUCAUACAAAUGGAGGACCUCCCACGGCCUACGGGGCUCUUAUGCAGCCCGAAAGGCGCAACAGCUUGGCCGCGCGCCAGAAUGAUGAGCUCUUCAUCGGUGCCAACAGCUCCCCGCAGCCAUCUCAGGGUCCAAUGUCGCCAACUUCGGCGGGCGGGUACAGCAGUGGCUACGGCUACAACCCUCAGGACUACAACACCCAGCCCAUUACUAUGCCGAAUCCCCAGCAGUUUGGCGCAAACCGCACCUUUGCCCCGCCAGUGUCUGUUUCCUCGCACCAGCCCUACAACCCAGCCGUGUAUGCGAGCAACAGUCUCGUGAGGACAAACACGGCAAACCACCCCUAUGGGUUCUCGCCCACGUCGCCAACGGUUCCCUUUCCCUCGCCCGCGUCAUACCAGAGUUCGCAGUUUGCACGGGCUCCGUCAGUGCAGAGCCGUACGUCAGCUUACGCGACGCCCGCCUCAAACGCUUCUUCGGGAUAUUACGCCUCGAACGCGUCGCAUGCCCCGCUCCCGUCACCGCCCACAUACGAUACCGGCUACGGCUCCCAGCGCGGGGAGAGAUACUCUGGGCAUUCAAAUCAACUCCCGCCUACGCCCGAAGUCCCACCGCAUGGUUCCCCCCAGCGAAGCAGCACCGUGUCGUCGCGACCGCUGCCUCCCCCGCCGCCGAAUGAGGAUGACGACGAUGACUACUUUUCGCCCACCAAUGACUACCAAGACGAGCUAUUCAAUGAUGUUCUCAGCAUGACGUCGACCAGCGCCUCAGGGGCCCAAGUACAACCACCCAACGGCCAAUACUACGAGGAGAAUGGCCACAAUGGGGGCCAGAUGGUGCCAUAUCCCCCUGGACGGGAAACCUAUGCCAGCGACGAGAGCGAUGUGGAGGCAGCUGCCGGUUUGGCUGCACUUCAAAUGGCCGAGGAACAAGACAGGGCCGACGAAGCUCGAAGGGCAAGUGGUGGUGGCCCCGGCCUAUACAGCAACUACUCGUCCGUGCAUUCACCCCCGAUGCCUGUAGAACCUGUGCAGGGGGGAAGCGCAAGCGACAGCGACUAUGUGGGCAUGGACGUGGGUACUUAUGGCGGCGGCUUCAUGCCCUCGUUCAACUACGGCGGAGAUCCAGACCAACUGGCAGCCGGUGGCCACACAGCAUCAAGUUCAGGGUCGCAACGGCGAUCAGACCAUCCCGGCGACGAUUACGACCCGAUCCACCCCUUCCCCUCGUUUGCGAGUAAUGCGCGUGUGGACACGUUUGGUACCGGGGGGCUGGAGGAACCUAGCGCGCGGCGGCGGAGCUACGAUGAGGGCGAUGAGGUCAUUCUCAUGGACAACGCCUCUGGCAUAUCCGGCUCUACACUCGUGGGGCCUUCGGCUGUCAUGCCAGGCGAACCGCCAGACAUGUUCUACCACCCUGGCAUCUCGAAUCGGCCUCUGCCUCCUCCUCCGGUCAAUACCAGCCCUCGGCGCUUGAACCACCAAAGCAAUGGCUCUUCCGGCUCGGGUUCCUACGAAUACUGGCGAAAUGCUCCUUCAGCACGCGGCUCAUAUCCUACCGAUCCUAAUGCCCUGCAAAUGAUAUCUCCCACAGGAGCAUAUGUGCCCCGCUCUACCUCUCUCCUCCAGCACAGCAACGCCCGCGAUGCCAUACCACUGCCACGGUCGAAAACAGACGCCGAACAAGGACAUCGGCCCAGAGGUGCUGGUAACCGCAACACCUUUUACGGCGGCGCCAUGGAUAGUGACGGCAACACAUUAACCCCUGGUAGUGCCGAAGCUGUAGCCAUCGACCUACCCACCAUCCCCGCCGGCAAGCGUUUCAACCCUGCCAAGCUGUCCAGCAUCGACUUCAAGCGAUGCACCGAACCCUGGGCGCUUAGCUCCAUCAUUAGUUGGCUUAAGAGCAUGACUGAAGGUGAAAACGAUCUCAAGGAAGCGCCGAUCCAAGAAGGCUUAAUCGCCCUCUUUACCCACAAAGUCCCGACUAUGAACAUUGCUGAUGCCGAGACGCUGAGUAGCCGCGUUGUCGCAGACAUGUACAAGGCAGGCACACUUGUACAUGAAGAGGAGUGGCUCAAGUUUUCGACAGCCAGCAUGACUGGUGUCAUUUUCCAGCUUACAGGAGCAGGAUGUUAUGCGCCCAUGCUGCACACACACGCAAGUCCUGGUCGAUGCUACUCACACCACUGCCAACGCACCCUCAAGAAGAUCGAUCUCCAUGCCCCAUCGGCUGCUCCUCGUGCAGAGGAUUGGGCUACUUUCUACAAGUUGAAAAAGGAAGACCUGGAAGGCGCGAACAAGAAGGAAAUUGAACGCCAAAAUAUUCUACACGAGAUUGUACAGGGAGAGGACAACUACAUGAACAGACUUGACGUCUUACGGCAUCUGUACCGCGACCGACUACAGUCUGCCCAACCGCCAGUCAUACCCCCUAAGAAGCUCGACAAAUUCAUCCGGGAUGUAUUCAGCAAGGUUGAUGCGGUGCGAAAAGCAAACGAAGACCAUCUCCUCCCGCAGAUAAAAUACCGUCAACAAGAGCAAGGCCCGUGGAUUGUUGGUUUCAGCGACAUCUUCAGAGAAUGGAUACGGAAGGCGAAACAAGCUUACAUAGAAUACGCAGCUGCCUUUCCCUAUGCAUCCUUCCUUGUUCGACAAGAGGCCGACAGGAAUAUGCUGUUCCGGACCUUUCUGGACGAAGCCCAGAAGAACAAACUUUCAAACAAACUCGGCUGGGACACAUAUCUCAAGGGGCCCAUUGACCGACUGCAGCGUUAUGGUCUUCUCAUCGAUACUGUCAUCAAGUACUCGACGGUAGACAACGAGGAAAAGCGAAACCUUCAAAUCGCCAAAGAGGAGAUCAAGGCGGUGACUCUAGAGUGCGACAGUCGUGUCGCUGAAAUGAGCCGAAAGGUCAAUCUCACCGAUCUGCAAAACAAACUCAUCCUGAGACCGGGUAUGCAACGAGUGGAGCUUAAUCUUGAUCAUCUCGGGAGAGAACUCAUCUUCCGGGGUGACCUACAAAGAAUGGGUGCUAAUCGGUUCAACUGGCUUGAGACGCACGCACUGCUAUUCGACCAUUACCUGGUACUUGCAAAAACAGUCGCCCACAGGGAAGCGGAUGGUUUUACCAAGUCUGACAAGUAUGACGUCUCCAAAUUACCAAUUCCCAUGGAUCUGCUUGUGCUCGAAAGCGAAGACGAUGAUCCUGUUGUCCGCUCUACUAUGAAGGGUAUUUCAACAGUCACUACUGUCUCCGGUCGGGUUGGUGGUGGGGCAGCAGCGCGCAUCAACAGCCCAUUACCAGGAGCCCUUCAAUACACCAACACCAGCAAUUCCCUCGGAUCGCAGACUACCAAUGGUUCUGGCAAGACACUUGUCAACACUGCGUCGAAUGAUGUCGCCAAGGACGAAAAGGUGCUGUACCCAUUCCGGGUAAAACAUUUGGGUAAAGAGACGUACACGCUGUACGCUCCAUCAGCUCAAAACCGAGCAGAGUGGUGUGACAACCUCAUCAUCGCAAAGACACGACACGCAGCAGCAUUAUUCGCCCAAAACGCUGAACCCUUCCGGUUGCGUGUCAUGGCUGAUGCUGCUUUUGCCUACGAUAGCGCGAUGCCAUCGCAAAGAGCAAUCACCAUCAAAGGCACGCCCUUGGACCGUGCAGUUGAUGAGGUGGAGAAGCUUUUCAUCAAUGUUGGUCGUCCUGCUCCCAUCUGCCGAGCACGCGUCAACUGCGCAACAGCUUUCAACCAGCCGUAUGGCAAGCACAUGGUAGCGGUCGGCACAGACAUAGGAGUCUUUGUGUCGGACUUUGACAACCCCAGAGGCUGGCAAAAGGCAAUCCAAAUCCCGCGAGUAACACAAAUAGCCGUGCUAGAACAAUUUAGCCUGAUGCUGCUCAUAUCAGACAAAUCACUCAUCGCGUACCACCUCGAUGCCGUUUGUCCUGUGAGUGGCGUAGCACCCUCCAGCGACUCCACCCGCCGCGCCCCUCAGAAGCUCUCCGGCGCCCGCGACAUUGGCUUCUUCGCCACGGGCGUAAUGAAAGACCGAACGCUCGUCUUCUACAAAAAACGCGACAACAUCUCCUCAACCUUCAAAGUGCUCGAGCCCGUGUACCAAAAGUCAACAGAGAAGAAAUCCCGCAUCUGGAAAACCGGUCGCACAGAAUUCUUCCGCGAGUACGAUGAAUUCUACAUCCCAGCCGAAUGCUACACCAUCAACCUCUUCCACUCCUCCCUCGCCAUCUCCACAGCAAAGGGGUUUGAAGUUUUGACGCUAGAUAAAAAACACCCCUGGUCCGUCCCCGACCUCGAACAACCACACGUAGCAACCAUCGCGUCGCGGCUCCAAAACCAAAACCCCCUCGGCAUGUUCCGCCUGUCCGACCAAGAAUUCCUCCUCUGCUACGAAGAAUGCGCCGUAUACAUUAACAAAAAUGGCGACAUUUCCCGCUCCGUCAUCAUGGAAUUCGUGGGCAAAGCCAAAUCCGCCGCCAUGUAUGGACCGUAUGUUCUGUUGUUUGACCCCGAUUUCGUUGAGAUUCGGAAUGCGCAGAAUGGGAGACUUAGACAGGUGAUUGCGGGUAGAGAUGUUAAAUGUCUGGAUGAUGGGUUGAGUGGGGGUAGUGCGCAUAAUAGGACGGUUAAGUUGAGUUUGCAACAUCCGGCUCAUGAGAGGAGUCAGGUUGUUGUGGAGUUGGUGCUUAAUGAGGGGCAGAAGGAGUGA